UCCUCUGUGUUGGGGUGUAGAUAAUAAUACUUGCUUCACGUCAGCGUGGCAGCCAUAUUAACCAGAUGUUCCUCCCCCAGGUGAUGGUGACGGUGCUCGACAAGAACGACUCUCCGCCCUCCUUCGGCGACUCCCCGCUGCGCUUCACCGUCUCGGAGGACAUGCUGGCGGGGCGUCGCAUCGCCGUGCUCAUGGCCACCGACCCCGACACGCCCGGCACUCUCACCUACUCCAUCGUGGGCGGCGAUGACAACAAGUUCACGCUGGACGCUGCCACGGGCCACCUCAGCCUGCAGGACACGCUGGAUCGCGAGACCAAGAGCGAGUAUGACCUGACGGUGCGGGCGGACGACGGCGUGCAGCACACCGACACCACUGUGUACAUCGAGGUGACGGACACCAACGACAACCCACCGGUGUUCCAUGAGCCAGCCUAUUCUUUUGACAUUCCCGAGGACGCUGACCGGGGAUCGCAGGUUGGGCAGGUGUCGGCGUGGGAUGCAGACGAAGGCACCAACGGCCAGGUGUCCUACACGGUCAUCUCGGACUGGGGCAACGACGUGUUCUCCCUCAACCCUCAGACUGGCGUCUUCACCCUCACCUCCAGGCUUGACUACGAGCAGGUGCAGCACUACAUCCUGGUGGUACAGGCGCAGGACACCGGCCGCCCCUCCCUCUCCUCCACCGUCACCGUCUACUUCAACGUGCAGGACCUGAACGACAACGCGCCCAUCUUCGACCCCAUGAGUUACUCCGACGAGGUCUUUGAGAACAUCACCGUGGGCUCCUCCGUGCUCUCCGUCUCGGCCACUGACCAGGACUCCGGCCUCAACGGGCGGCUCGAGUACACCAUCUCUGGUGGUGACGAGAAGGACCAGUUCAGCAUCAGCCCCAACGGCACCAUCACCACCAAGGCGCCGCUGGAUCGCGAGGACCAGAGCUUCUACAACCUGGUGGUGCGAGCCUCCGAUAUGGCAAUGCCGCCCCUCGCCCGCCUCUCCUCCACCGUGCAGGUCACCAUCAUCCUGCGUGACGUGAACGACAUGGCACCAGAGUUCGUGACCCCCAACGAGACAGUGGUGGAGGAAAACACGCCCGUCAACACGGUGGUGAUGGCCGUCAAGGCGGGGGACAGAGACGAGGGACGCAACUCCUACAUCGAGUACUCCCUCGCGCCUGUCCCCGGCAACCGCUUCGCCCUGGGCCCCGUGGACGGCCUGUUGAGGAUCGUGGCGCCGCUGGACCGCGAGGACCGUGCCAACUACUCCCUGGUGGUGACGGCGCGGGACAGAGGCAACCCUCCCAACGCCCACACGCUCACCAUCAGCCUGCGUGUGGCGGACGAGAACGACAACUCGCCCAUCUUCGACCCCAAGCAGUACUCGGCCAGCGUGCCCGAGAACGCCUCCAUCGGCCUGUCGGUGCUGCAGGUGUCGGCGACGGAUGCCGACGACAGCCUGAACGGUCGUGUCCGCUACACGAUAGUGGCGGGCGACAAGAAUCGUGACUUCUCCAUCAGCGAGGACACGGGCAUCAUCCGUGUGGCCAAGAACCUCAACUACGAGCGGCGGAACCACUACCUCCUGACGGUGCAGGCUGAGGACUCCGGCGCUGACGUCCGCUACGACUCCGCCACCGUCACCAUCUCCAUCAUGGACAUCAACGACAACGCCCCCGUGUUCUUGGACUCCCCCUACCUCGUGUACGUAAUGGAGAACAUGGCUGCCCUCCCCGCCCCCAUCGCCACCGUCACCGCCUUCGACGCCGACAACCCGCCGUACAACCGCGUCAACUACCUGGUCAAGGAGGGAGACAAGUCCAUGUUCUCCGUCAACGCCACCUCGGGCCAGAUUAGCCUGUUGAGGGCGCUGGAUAGGGAGGAACGGGACCAGUACACCCUCACUGUGGUCGCCAUGGACACCGGCACACCACGACUCACUGGCACAGGAACCAUCUCAGUGUUGGUGCAGGACGAGAACGACCAUGCUCCCAGGUUCGAGAAUGAGGUGUACCAGGCUGAAGUGAGCGAGUCCGUGGAUCCUGAUACCCAGGUGGUCGCCGUGGCCGCCACCGACAUGGACUCUGGUGCCAAUGCCAAGAUCAGGUACUCCUUGGUGGAGGGAGCUGCUGGAGUCUUCAUGGUGGAGGAAUGGACUGGCAUCAUCCGCACAGUGGCUCAUCUGGACCGGGAGAAGGUGGCUCGGUACAUGCUGGUGCUGCAGGCUCAGGACUCCUCCCUCACUGAAGCCCGCUCAGCCACCACACAGGUUAUGGUGACUGUGACAGAUGAGAAUGACAAUGCACCAACCUUCACCCAGAGCCAGUACCUCAUCCAUGUGCCAGACCCCAUGGCUCCAGGAAACUUUGUAUUUGGGAGUGAGGCUCUGGAUCCUGAUGAUGGUGCAAAUGGACGGGUCACUUACUACCUCUCAGGCAAUGAUGCUGACAAAUUCUACAUGAACCAAGAAACAGGUGUCAUCAAGGCAUCAACAGCACUGGCCGGGGAAGAGGAAUACCAGUUGGAGGUUCUUGCAACUGACUCUGGAGAGACACCACUUUCCACCACAGCCACACUGCAGGUCCACCUCAAACCCAACACUUUGUUCCCUGUCUUUGAACCACUCGAGAAAACCUUCAGCUUCAGCGAGGCAGCGCGUGGGGACUUGGUGACAACCCUCACUGCUACGUCUCCCAAGGCUGGUCCCAUGGGUGCUGUUCGCUUCAGUAUUGCUGGCGGAAAUGUGGGCCAGGCCUUUGUUGUUGAUGAGAACACUGGUGAGCUACGCAUCUCCCAGUUUGGUCUGGACUAUGAAACAGCAGCACGAUAUGAAGUGUGGGUGGCUGCACAAGACUCUGAUGACCCACCUCUUGCCUCUGUCACUCAAUUAGUGGUCAAUGUGAAUGACUACAAUGACAAUGCACCAGUGUUUUCACAGUCAGUGUAUAAUGCCAGCAUCCUUGAAGCACAAUAUCCACCACAGUUGGUGGCUACCGUCACUGCCACUGACAGAGACUCUGGCACUAAUGCUGAGGUUGUCUACCAGCUUCGCCGAGAUUCACCAGCUGCUGAGGCCUUCACGCUAGAUGCUGAGACUGGCCGUAUCUACACCAAGAUCCAGCUGGACCGAGAGGAGGUGGAAGUGUACACCCUGACAGUAGAGGCUGUGGAUAAAGGCACUCCAGCACAAACAGGCACUGCUAUGGUAGUUGUUACUGUCCAAGAUAAAAAUGAUAAUCCACCACGUUUCACCCGUUUAUUCAGUGUCAAUGUGACAGAGAAUGCUGAAGUGGGAACAUUUGUAAUCCAGGUAACCUCAAGUGACAGGGACAUUGGUGAGAAUGCUAAUGCAACCUACAGUUUUACUGAAAACCCUGGUGGCAAGUUCUACAUUGACUCUGUGAGUGGCAAUGUGACAGUGGCAAGAGCCAUUGACCGGGAGCUCAAUGAUGAAUACCUACUGAAGGUCUCAGCUGUGGAUGGCUCAUGGCGUGCAGAAACACCACUCACCAUAACUGUGCAGGAUGAGAAUGAUAAUGCCCCAGAAUUUGAGCAGAGUUAUUAUGUAUUUAAUUUCCCAGAGCUGCAAAGAAAUGUAGCUUUUGUAGGUCAAGUCACAGCUACAGAUCGUGACAAGCAAGGUCCAAACAGCAUAAUUUCUUACUCGCUCAAGUUCCCUUCAGAUUUCUUUAGUGUAGAUCCAGCAAGUGGGGACAUUUUCUCAAAACAAGCACUACAGUACAAGCACACACUCAAGGGCCCUUCACCAGAGAAUCAAUAUCAACUGGUGGUGGUAGCCACAGAUAAUGGGAAGCCACCCAUGUCCUCAGAGAGCUCAGUUGAGAUCAAUGUAGUGGAUGCAAAUAACAACCCACCCAAGUUCUUGCAAGACCGAUACUUCACACCUGUUCCUGAGAAUUCUGCUAUUGGGCAGUCUAUCAUCCAACUUGAGGCCAUAGACGAACAUGACUUUGGCAUCAAUGCUGAAAUAGAGUACCAGAAAGUGGGUGGCAAUGGUUCUGACUAUUUCUUGCUGGAGCAGAAGACCGGAUGGAUCACAGUAGCACGGCAGCUGCAGGGUCGAGUAGACACUCAGUUUGUGCUGCUGGUACGUGCCUUGGAUCGCGGUGUUCCCCCACUGCAAGAUGAGGUGCUUGUCACUCUGGUGGUGACUGGUGAGAACAAAUAUGCUCCAGAAUUCCAGGCACUCAGUUAUCAGUUCAGUGUUCUGGAGAAUGAGCCACUGGGUAACACCAUCGGCUCAUUGCUGGCCAAGGAUGGUGACAAGGGUCCUAAUGGAAUUGUACGCUACUCCAUCACAAGUGGCAAUGAGGCGGGCAAGUUUGCUAUUGAUGAAAACACUGGAGAUGUGACCAUCAUGCAUCCACUGGACUAUGACUCUGUGCAGGAAUACACCCUCAAUAUCACUGCACGUGAUUUGGCUUUUCAGCCUCUCAAUUCCACAGCCCUCCUCACAGUUGUGCUUACUGACAUCAAUGACAACCCACCCAGAUUCAGCCAAGACAAAUAUGAUGCUUAUAUUGCUGAAAAUGCCAAUGCUGGCACAACAGUGUUCAAGCUGAAUGCCACAGAUAUAGACUUGACAAAGAAUGCUGUGAUCAAGUAUUCUCUGGUGGGAGGAGAUGGGAAGGAAUAUUUUUCAGUGGAUCCUGAUACAGGUGUGGUCACUUCCAAGCGUGUAUUUGACUAUGAGGAAAAGAGCCAGUAUGUGUUGAAUGUGCGUGCUGCCAACCCUGAUUCCUCUCAGUGGGGUUCCACCAUCCUUGUGGUGCACGUCACCGGGCGGAACGAGUUCUUCCCUCGCUUCAUUCAGUCAGUGUUCCAGUUCACUGUGUCAGAAUCAGCUCAGAUUGGCACAUCAGUGGGUGCUAUUCAGGCCACAGAUGAAGACAAAGGAGAGGAUGGAAUGGUGUAUUAUCUUCUUGUGGGUGCAAGUAAUGACCGUGGCUUCCUCAUUCAGCCAACCACAGGUGUUAUUACAGUGGCACGCAGUCUUGACCGGGAGAGCCAGAACAGAGUGGUGCUGACCGUCAUGGCCAAGAAUGCUGGCAGCAUACGUGGAAAUGACACUGAUGAGGCACAGAUCACCAUUUCCAUCCAGGAUGGCAAUGACCCACCAGUAUUCUCCCAGCCUCUGUAUGAAACCCGCCUCUCUGAGGGCGCUCUGGUGGGCACACUUGUACUUACUGUCACAGCAGUGGAUUCUGAUGUGCAGCCACAGAACAACCAGUUCACGUACUCCAUCAUUGGUGGAAACUUGGGACAGGUGUUCAAAGUGGACCCACAGAGUGGUGUGAUUGAAACAACAGCCCAGUUGGAUCGUGAGACCAUUCAAGUCUACAACUUGACAGUGGGGGCCAUUGACAAUGGGUCACCACCACAGACUGGCACCACGCUUGUUCGUGUCAUCUUAGAUGAUGUGAAUGACAAUGGUCCACAGUUUGAUCCUCCUAACAUUGUAGGCUAUGUGGGAGAGAAUGAACCAGCCAUGACUUCAGUGAUGACUCUCAGUGCAACUGAUCCAGAUUUAGCACCCAACACACAGCCUUUCACAUACUAUAUUGUGGGUGGUGAACACCGCGAAUUCUUCACAGUAGACCAAGCAACAGGGGAGGUCAAGACUACCCGCAGCAUUGACCGUGAAACCACACCAAAGCUCACCUUCCGCAUUGAGGUGGAGGACAGCGGCAAGCCCAAGAUGAAAUCUGAAUACCCAGUGUCCAUUAUUGUGGUGGAUAAGAAUGACUCUCCCUCCACACCACGCACUGUCACAGUCAAGGUGCAGACCUUCCAGGGAGUCUUUCCUGGAGGCAAAGUGGCUGAUGUCCAUCCCAAUGAUGCUGAUACAGCUGGUCAAUAUUUCUGUGAGAUUCUAACUGAAGAUGCUGCCAUCUUUUCCAUCCCCAACGCCUGCAACCUGCAUGCUAUGAGAGUGCCAAGGGACCACACAUACACAUUGAGUGUUUCAGGCAAUGAUGGCAAACAUCCAGAUGUCACCUCCAAGGUCACUCUUCAGUUUGAAUCCUUUGACAACAAUACUUUGGACAACAGUCUAACACUGAGACUGCUGAAUGUCACAGCUGAACGCUUUCUCCGCCUGUACUACAAGCCUUUUGUAGACACACUGGUACCCAUGUUUGCAGGCGGCCAAGUACGCAUCUACUCCAUGCUGGAUGUUGACUCCCACACAGAUCUGACCCUCUCAGUAGCCUCUCAAGGUGGCAGCUCCUUCCUCCAGCCAGCUGAAGUGACUCGCAAACUUGCAGUGGAGGAACCCAGCCUCACCCAGUCUCUGCAGGGACUACAGAUGAUUGUUGACUACAACCCCUGCAGUGACACACCAUGCAAGAAUGGUGGUGAGUGUUCACAUGGCAUUCAUGCUUAUGGAGAAACAGAGAUUACAGAUUCUCCCAGCUUUAUUUUUACAUCAUCACUCAUUCGCCACGACGUGUCAUGCAGAUGUCGUCAGGGCUUCACGGGGUCAAGAUGUGAACUGCGCCAAGACCCUUGUUCACCUAACCCUUGCCAGUUUGGUGGUACCUGCUCCAGGAAGAGUUUCCAUUUCAUGUGUACCUGUCCACCUACCCGCCAAGGACCACAGUGCGAAUUUGACAAGACCAAUGCCUGUGAUGACAACCCGUGUCGCAAUGGAGGUUCAUGUCAGACAACACUGGAAGGUGGUUUCUUCUGUCUGUGUCGACCAGGGUACCGAGGGAAUCAGUGUGAGCUGGCCAGCGAGUCCUGCCGUCCCAACCCUUGUCUCAAUGGAGGUUCUUGUGUCUCCCUGAAGCCUGGCUAUCAUUGCUCAUGCAAGAUCAACUUUUAUGGCACCCAUUGUGAAAAGUCUACCUUCAGCUUUAGUGAACUCUCCUACAUGACUUUCCCUACCCUGGACUCCACCACAAAUGACAUCUCCAUCACUUUCUCUACCAACAAACCUGAUGCACUUCUUGUCUACAAUUAUGGUCUCCAAACUGGUGGUCGCUCUGAUUUUGUGGCCAUUGAGCUGAAAGGUGGACAGCCCCGCUUCAGCUUUGGUGGAGCAAGAACAGCCAUCUCCAGGAUCCAAGUGGAGAAAUCAGUGUCAGAUGGCAAGUGGUACAAACUGACAGCGACUCGCAAUGGCCGGGUCAUAUCCCUCAGUGUUGCCUCCUGCACCCACAAUGGAGAGACAUGUGAUGAAUGCCGCUCCAAUGAUGGCACCUGCUACAGUGAUGACACGGCACGCACUGGGACACUCAACUUCAACAAUGAACCAAUGUACUUGGGUGGAGUGAUGACAGUAGACCCCCUGCAAGAGCGGCCAGGCCAAGUCCUUGCUGAUGACUUCAUUGGAUGCAUCCAGACAGUUUCUAUAAAUGGUCGGCCACUUAAUCUCACAGGUCCUAUCCAGGCUCGAGGGAUCUCUGACACAUGUGAACGAGUGGCUGAUGUGUGUGCUGGGAACCCAUGUGGUGAAGGUGCCACCUGCCUCGACCGCUGGUCCACUCACAUGUGUCGCUGUGCCAAUGGCUUGGUGGCACCAGACUGUGAAGCGUCCCUCCGCCCUGCCUCCUUCACCCGUGGUGCCUAUGUAGAGUUCCUCAUAACAGAACAGCACCGCCGCCGACAGCUGCUGCCACGCCUCUAUGAGCAACACUCCCGCUGGUCACGGGAGGUGCACACCCGCCACACUCGCCAAGUGUCGCCUCCACCACCAAAGAGUCUCUCCUUUAGCUUCCGCACCAGGAUGGAAGACGGACUCUUACUGCACUCAGCCACCAACAAUGACUUCACACUGGUGGAGGUACGCGGAGGACGGCUACAGUACACUUCCAAGCUGGGUGCCAAUCAGCCAAUCAACAUGACCAUUCCAGAAGUGUCAGUCAGUGAUGGGGCUUGGCACAACCUCACCCUGCUGGCUGCCCAGUCCACCUUCAGGCUGGUGCUGGAUGGUGUACCUGUUGGUGAUGAGCUGGAUCUGCCCUACAUUCACGACUUCCUGGAUGCCUACCUCACCUCCCUCACCCUGGGUGCUGCCCCUCGCUUCUCAGGCCAGCUCCCCUACACUCCUGUUGGAUUUGUGGGCUGCAUGUCAACCUUCAGUGUGGAUGGAGAGGUCCAGCCACUCAACUCAACAGGAUCACUGCUGGAGGCUGUGGCACGUGGAGUGUCCCUAGUUACAGACUGCACAGCUGCGGAUCUUGGCCCAGCUGCCUCUACUGAUCCUCUCUCCAUUGGCAUCACCCUUGUCAUUGUCUUCUUUGUCCUGCUGCUGGUCGCCAUCCUGGUGUCAUUCAUUGUGUACCGUGUACGCCGUCAACGCCGAGAGAAGAGUGGAGUUCACGUCAAGCAGAACGGGUCAGCACUUUUGGCCAACACCUCCUCAGACUCUGGCAGGUCCCCGCAGGACUCAGGCUAUGUGGAGAGUGCCGAGAUGACUGAUGAUGUCCUGCGCACCCACCUUUCCCAGGAGCUGGCCACAAAGAAAUACAAGGAAAGGGACCACGAGCGACCCCAGAGGCCAGACAUCAUUGAGCGGGAGGUGAUGAACAAGUCUCCAGGCGUACCGCUGCGUGUGGAUGAAUCUCAACUGCAGGACCGUGACGCCAUGGCUGGACUGGGCCACAUGCCAGACUCUGAGGCACCAGAACACUAUGACCUGGAAAAUGCUUCAUCCAUUGCACCCUCUGACAUAGACAUUGUAUACCACUACAAAGGAUACAGAGAUGGCAAUGUCCGCAAGUAUAAGACUAACCCACACGUGCCUGGCUACCACAAGCACAACCACCGCCACUCCCCACACAACUUCCCCAACACUCCGCACCGCGAGAGUCCUCGCAACCUAAUGAGGCAGAGUCCCAACCCUGUAGCACCACGAGAAUCACCAUCUGUCCUCAAAAUGCAAGCCACAACACCCCUUGCCCGCUUAUCUCCUUCCUCAGAACUGUCUCAGCAGACACCACGCAUCCUCACUUUACAGGAUAUUAGUGGAAAGCCCCUCCAGACAGCACUGUUAGCCUCCUCUCAGGGUCCUGGGGUGAAGGAUGUCAUGUCCACAAGUGAGAGAUCUCUCAACUCACCUGUGUCACAUCUUUCCCAGUCAUCUGGGUCGAUGCAUGCAUCAUCUCAAUCUACUAAGAAGAAAAAGCAUGACAGCAGUGUCAGCCUGGGUCUCACCCCAGAGGAGAUAGAGCGGCUCAACACACGGCCUCGCAAUUCCUCCCUUGUCUCCACGCUGGACGCUGUGUCCUCCUCCAGCGAAGACAACCAGAGGAAAGACAAACUUGCGGAGCUCAUUGAAACAAAUACUGAACUCCUGGAGCCUCCAGAUUCUUCUACCGAUGAGUCUGGCAAUGACUCCUUUACUUGCUCAGAGUUUGAAUAUGAAAAUAACUAUGAGAAAGUGACCCGUGACUUUGGCCCGGGAAACAUGAUUUUCAGCAAGCUGGCGGAGGUGGAUAAUGAGAACGAACACGACAAUGAAUCAGCCAAAAACUAUGAUGGUUUUGAUUCUUUUCGUGGCUCGCUCAGCACCCUGGUGGCGUCCGACGACGACCUGAGCAACAUGAGCUCCUACAAGCCCCCAAACGGCUCCACAUUCGGAUGGGAUUACCUGCUCAACUGGGGUCCCAACUUCGAGAGCCUGGUGGGUGUGUUCAAGGACAUUGCCGAGCUCCCAGACAACACCACCAAUGGACGAGUGAGCACCCGGGGCACUCCCAAACCCAACGAGGAGUAUGUAUAGCGGUGGCUGCAGCUGAGCGAGGCUUGUGUCACCAGCCGCCAAAGCUUAUAGGUUAUAAGGAGGAACAAAAGAAACCCAGGUUUCCUGGAAACCGAUUCCCCUGCCAUCACCCCCGGUAUCCACUGGGGAGGACUCUGGCUCCAUGAGGGAGACAGAUAUAGAAAUGAGGAGAGUUCAGAUGGGAAGCCUUGCCCAUGCCAAGGUCUUCAGGCUUCUGCAGUGGAAUCCAGGACCACCCACCUUACCAUCCUUCCCAUGACAGGCAUUAUCACCACCACACUCUUAUGACGGUGUAAAGUCACUACGCUUCUAGUUCAAACCAUGGCGCCUCUCUGCUCUUAGCCAGCUGAGGACGUUCUAAUUGUUUGCUGAUGAAACAACUGAUAUGCAUUGCCCAGGAUUAUGUACAGAAAAGUGACUGAACACUAGUGGGCUGUGUCCUAACGUGAGGUCUUGUGAAAGUGGAAGAAUGACUUCAUCACUAGAACUUUAAUUGAACUGAGAAAAGUGACAGACCUUUGUGAUGAAGUCAGUGACACUGUGGGAGAGUCUGUGAUGCAAGAUCUGUUUGUUAGCUUGUAUCAGAGCCCAUACCACCCUAUGUUUCAUUGUCAGUGAAUAUCAAACAUUGUUAUAUAUAUAUUUUGUAUGUAUGCAUUUAUAUUAAGGUAUACAUGGAUAUAUACAAAUAUAUAAAUAGUAUAUGUGUGUGGUAAGAAGUGUGUUGACCUUUUAUUGACAAGAUACUCGAGUUCAUGUUGCCAAAACUGUUAUGAUUGUUAAUAUUAGAUUCUGGUUUGCUGUUGCCAAAUACAGUCUGCCUUUGUCUCCCUUGUGGAGCAGAGCAAGUCAGUCUUUGUCAUGUGAAUUCUCAGAGGCCAAAUUUGUUUACAUACUCUUAUGUAAGUUUUACUGUAUUUUCAUUUACUUGUAACAUUGCCAUGCCUUUUGACUACUGAACUUAAGCCUGAGCCAGGGCAGCCAUGCUACAUGUGAUCAACUCUUGUACCUCCAAGACGAAUUUGGGCUGUUUCACAUCUUACCUUUCCUUCUUUUAGUAGUAUUUAAACAUCAUUAUGAAAAGUCACCUCAGUUUCCUCCACCUGACUCUCCAGUCUACACCUGUCUUUCAUUCACCUUCCUCUUCGUUCACAUUCAUACUUGGCCCUCACCCUCAGCCUCUCACCCCACAUCUGCCCUGUGCUCAGGUAGCCGCAACAAGAAGGUUCACGCCCUCACUUGUAGGACCAGAAAAUAUUCAUCUCAAACAGGUGUCAUGGUGCUUAGUAAUGAGAUCAUUAGUGUAUGAAUCACCCAGAUCUCUCUCAUGGAUACUGAUAGUCUUGUAAUUAUUGUGUAGAGAGUGAUCCAGCUAUCCAAAUUUGCUGAAAGAAUGUUUCACUGAAGAGAGUGCUAAACCUCAACAGCAGUGGACCGAACAGUGUACUAUAUUAGAUUAACAGUAUGGCUCUUGUACAUUCCCCGCCCCGUGUACAUAAUCGACUUCUUGUACAGUAUAUCUCGUACGUCAAGCCACGCAAGGUGUGCCAAAUUGUUUGUUGUUGUUAUUUUUUUCCUGUAUGAAUGGCGGCGAGAGGUGUUGCGAUGUCAUGCAACAUGUGAUGUAUAGUGAUAUUGUAAUAAACCUUUGUAAUGUGA